AUGUUUGUUUCAUCUUGGAGUCCUUCGCCAGUAAUUGGUCUCCCUGAAAUUUGUACAAUUCCAGUUUGGUUAACCUUGAAGAACAUUCCGUUCCAGUUGUAUUCUAUUAAAGGCAUAGACUGGAUUGCUUCAGGCAUAGGAGAGCUUAUGCUAACUAGUAAACCAUGGUUUGAUACAACUUUAGUGGGAGAAGCAAAGAUUCUAGUGGAAGUCAAGUUAGACAAGCCCUUCCCUGUGAAGGUAGCUCUAGAAGAUGAGAGUGGUUCUAUCUCAAUGGUUGAUAUUAUGUAUUCUUGGCUUCCUUCAAAGUGUAGUACUUGUGGCCAUAUUGGUCAUAAAGCUUCUUAUUGCCUUGGUAUCUCUAAUUCUGUACCAGCUGCAAAAACUUACCCUAAUAUCCCAACCUCUGACCCUCCCGCUACUAAAGAUCAUGCUGCUCCUAUUGGAUCUAUAACUACUUCUGCAGAUACUGCUAUUGCAACAGCUACUGAUGUGUCUGCUAAAACUUGUAUAAUGGAAUCAUCUAGUGCUCCGGCCACUCCUGUUUUUGGCUCGUUAUAUGAAGAAUCUGUUACUGCUGGUGUUUCGGUUGUUGCAUCCGUUACAACUUCGGCUCCUCCAGUAUUUGUUUUUACGUCUGACAUUUCCUCUCCUGAUAAGAAAUCUGAAACUCAUAAACCUCCUACUACUAAUGCCUCUAAUGUGCUUACUACUGCAAUUCCAGAAUCUGAUGGAGCAGUGGAAGUUCCUAUGUCAGAUGGAAUUUCAGUUGGUAAACAUGUACAUGGCGAUGGUAAAGUUUUGGAUAAGAUUGUGGUGGGUGCGUAUGGAAGUAAUUCUUUUGCUGCUUUAGAAUCUACUGGAGAAGAUGUUUUCUCUCCUGAUGAUUCAGAGGAGGAUGAAUCACUUCCCGCUGAAGAUCCUUUGACAGUUUCUGGUAAAAGGUUUUUGAGAGAUCGCCCUGUCAAACCUUCUCAAAAUUUUCAAGAUAUGUCCUCUUCUCCUUGUUAUAUAUUCAAGUGA